CAUCCGCCACGUGUCCCCACAGUAAAAUCGACUAGACAUCCCGUCAUGCAUUGCGCUCUGCUAAGCCUUUUCGUUUGUGUCCCGUAGGCCUCGAGAAGCAUGCCUUUGCGUACAUACGUGGAGAUCGGGCGGGUGGCCUACCUGACCCAGGGCAAGCAGCGGGGCAAGCUGUGCACCAUCGUCAACGUAGUCGACCAGAACAGGGCCGUGGUGGACGGUCCGUCGACGGGGGUGCCCCGGCAGGCGGUGCCCUUGAAGCACCUGCGGCUGACACGCCAGAAGCUGCGCAUCCCCCACUCUACGUCUACCAAGGUGGUCCGGAGGGCCUGGGAGAAGGAAGGGGUCACCGCCAAGUGGAAGGAGUCUGCCUUCGCCAAGAAGCUGGCAGCACGCAAGCUGAAGGCCAACAUGUCCGACUUUGACCGCUUCAAGCUCAAGAGGACCAAACAGGCGAUGAACAGGCUGGUGCGGGUGCGCUUCCUCAAGCUGAAGGCCCUGGCCAAGAAGUCUGCAAAGAAGGCCCACGAGGAGAAGCUGGCCAAGAAGAAGAAGUGAACUGCUCCUUGGGGGCAACAUUAAAACAAACUCUUUCUUUUGUCGCA